CUGUGGAUGUGGUGAAGUUGAAGACAAACUUUAUUGAGGUUUGGUUCAGUUCGGUUUAGUGUUGUAGCGAUUAAAAGUCAGUAAAACAACCGGUGGACAUUCAAGUAGCUUUCUGUCUAAAGGUCUUGGUCCAGUCGGGACAUGAAAUUGUUUUUACUUGACCAGUAACUUCGGUGUUGUGUUGUGCACCUGUCCUGAUGGAGACACUCUGAGGCAACAGUAGGAAAGUCCUCACUCUUCUUCUGUCAGAAGGCUGCACAGAUGUUUUCGCGAGGUCAGGAAAACAUCUCCACCCCCACAGCUUCCACCAAAGGACCCAUCAAAUAUGGAGAGCUCAUUGUGCUCGGGUGUAACGGCUCUCUGCCCAACGGCGACAAAGGGAGGCGGAAAAGUCGCUUUGCCCUGUGCCGCAGAAACAAAGCCAACGGUGUGAAACCCAGCACUAUCCACACAUCCUGCACACCUCAGGCUGCCAAGGCUGUUAGCAACAAGGAGCAGCACAGUAUUUCAUACACCCUGUCGCGGGCACAGACGGUGGUGGUGGAGUACACCCAUGACAGCAACACAGACAUGUUCCAGAUCGGUCGUUCUACAGAGAAUCCCAUUGACUUUGUGGUGACCGACACAGUGCCUGGUGGUCAGGGCCAUGCAGACGGUCAGAUGGCACAGAGCACCAUCUCCCGCUUCGCCUGCCGCAUCAUCUGCCAUAGAAACCCGCCUUACUCUGCGCGGAUUUACGCAGCUGGCUUCGACUCCUCUAAGAACAUCUUCCUUGGGGAGAAGGCAGCCAAGUGGAGAAUGCAUGACGGUCAGAUGGACGGUCUGACCACCAACGGUGUUCUGGUGAUGCACCCACGUCAGGGCUUCAGCCAGGACUCUAAACCCGGCCUAUGGAGGGAAAUCUCUGUCUGUGGCAACGUGUUCACGCUGCGGGAGACCAGAUCAGCUCAGCAGAGAGGCAAGACGGUGGACUCUGAGUCUAACGAGCUGGUAGAUGGCUCGCUCAUCGACCUGUGCGGUGCCACGCUGCUGUGGCGGACAGCCGAGGGCCUGGCACACACGCCCACCCUGGAGGCGCUGCGGCAGGAGCUGAAUGCCGGGCGGCCACAGUGUCCUGUGGGCUUCAACACACUGGCCUUCCCCAGCCUGCGCCGUAAGGACGUCCUGGAUGAGAAGCAGCCCUGGGCCUACCUGCGCUGCGGCCAUGUGCAUGGCUACCAUGUAUGGGGGGGACGCCGUGACCCUGAGGUGGAGGCAACGUGCCAGGAGAGAGAGUGCCCCAUGUGCCGGGCACGAGGCCCCUAUGUUCCGCUGUGGCUGGGCUGCGAGGCAGCCUUCUACGUGGACGCAGAGCCCCCCACCCACGCCUUCGUCCCCUGUGGUCACGUCUGCUCAGAGAAGACCGCUGCGUACUGGAGAGAGAUACUGCUGCCACACGGCACGCACACCCUCCACGCCGCCUGCCCAUUCUGCAUCCAGCUGCUGAGUGAAGAGUCCGGCUGCGUCAGACUCAUCUUCCAAAGCCCGCUGGACUGAAAACCUCUGUGCCUUAAUCCAAGGACAUGUGGACUAGGGUUGCAGCGGUAUCCCGGUUUCACAGUAUUCCCUGGUAUGAAAAUUGAUGGUUAUCUUACCGUGCACUUUGCUUAUUGCACCUUUCUUCCCCGACUCCCCUUCAGACUCCACAAUGGGCGCCACACACGCGCACACAUGCAGCAGACAAAUGGUAGAAAGAAGGAAGUUGAGAUCACCAAACUCCAUCCAGCGAAGAGAAUUAUAAACCAGCAGCGCAGGAUGAGUUUGGAUAUCUCAGAAACGAACACUGUCCCUCUGUACAGGUCAAAGCAUGUGUCCCGUGUGUUCGUUCACUGAUCUCUGACCUACACCAGGACUCGCACAGAUCUCGAUGUGACCCCAGAAACACACACACAAACUUUCCCGGCUCUCAUGAGUGUGUGUGUGUGUGUGUGUGUGUGUGUGGGUGAAGGUGCAGACAGGUUUGGCUGCUGUUGUGCACCUACAGUAAAUUACCAGCUGUUCUGGUGAUUGUUUAGAGCAGUAUGAUGUUUAAAAACCAGCCAAUCGGUUAGUGGAGAAAAUAAUCAGCAGGUUGAUCCCUAAUGAAAAUGAUCAGUAGCUGCACUUGGAUCCAAACUAGUUCAGCUGCAGCUCGACCAGCUACAACAGCCACGUCCUGCUGUUACGUCAGUGCAUGAGCUACAGGCUGGUAAUGUGAUGAUAUAAUAGGAUAACAGUAUAGGAUAGGUAGUGUAAGAUUGUUCUGCACCGAGUAGCCUUCUAAUACUUUGAAGUACAUUUUAGUGUUAAUACCUAAUUUUACUUAACAUUUUCAGUGCGGGACUUGUAACAGAGUGGGUUUUACUUAAGUAAAGGACGUGAAUACUUCCUCUACUGCUGGUGCUCACAUGCAAACUAACAUGCUCUAGUUGUAUGACAUGUUAUAUGCUGUUUUUUAAAAUCAUGUUUCCAGCUCUGUUUGUUUCUUAGAGCCAGUUUCUGCAGUCGUGCUCAGUCAACUGUAAGAGCCACCUGUAGUAAAAAGACCCUUUUCCUGGUCUUUUGAGUGUCGUCGUAGCUGAUGAUGGUAGUAGUUGUGUAAUACUGUGAAACCGUGACAUUUUCUUAUCAUAGCGUGAAAAUCUCAUACCGUUGCAACCCUAAUGUGGGCAGAACUGCUUUGUGGGGGGUUUCCAAACUUUUUUCUCACUUAAUUUAACUUAAUUUAACCAGUGUGUUUAAUGGUUUGGUGUCGGCUCCUUUUUGAACAUCAGACAAGAUUCAGACAGUGUGAGUACGGCUGUCUGGAAAAACAGCGAUGUUUGAUUUGCUUUACUCUUUCUUAUUUAUUCUUUUACCUCCUAAGUCUUUUUGGCCUAUCAAUGCAGAAUUUACCAGCAGCCAUGUUUUCCAAAGGUUAUCUGUAGCUUGUUACUGUCUCACUGUGCCUUAAAGAGCCACUAACACUAAGACAUGAGCAUGAGUUGCGGUCGAGUUGUGUCUCAUUUUGGGCCAAAAGUUGAUCUGGAGGUUUUUCCAGUGUGAUAAUAAUAAAACUGUGACACACAGUUCAACCUGGAACUGCUUUUGCAGAUGUGUAACAUCUCUCUGUAUUUGAUCCUUUUCUCUGAAAUCAAGUGACAUUUGUCUUUGAACACAAAAAUAAUUUUAUUGAUCUUAAUAUAGCCUUUGUAUCAUAACAUGACUAAAGUUUGUCUGGGGAACUUGGAAGCUGCUGUCGUGUGACUUGAAACACAUCUAGAAUGAAUUUUGUAGUUUUCCUUUCAACAAAUGAAAAGUAUUCCAGAGACCCUAACCUGCCUUACUCAGCGGUGACGUCCAGAGUAAACACUGUUUAAACACUGUUCUGUUAAACAAUAUGUGAAAAGAAAUAUUUCACCCCAAGUUAACAUGUACACACACAAAAUGUUUACAUACAUCAUCUAAAAAAGGCAAAAUACAACAAUUAAAAUAUAUUCUGAUACUAAAAUACAAGAUAGCUGUGAAGUUUCGGGAUGGAUGCCCCUGAGCUGAAAAGGAGGAUCUCUGAUGAAAUUCCUGACUUUGACUUUUCGUCUAGUGCCACUGAGAAACAAAUAGACAUUUAUUUAUCUGGCAGUUUCCUUCAACUCUUCCAGAUCACAUUCCUGAUUCCUAGAGAAUGAACUAUUUUGGUUUUGAUUAACUUGUGUACAUUCUUUAACCUUUUCAGUUCUUUUUCUGGUAAGGUUCAAGAGGCUGACAUGAGGCAAAGGAGACAAACUCAAGCUACCAAGUGAAAUUUGGGGUGAACUGUUCUUAAGUCAAACCACUGAAAUUUGCAAGAGUCUAAAUGUAGAGCUGAACAUUUUGAAAGAGAUGCUGACCAGUUCCCUCAACCCGGCUAAUAUUCUCUGUUUGGGACUGAAGGUGUUUAUUCAGCAUAUCAUCUUGAGAUUGUUAUUUAUGUUUAUGACCUGAGAGCUAUGCAGUCGCACUGCACAAUGACCAUUUUUGUACCAACUGUAAACAAUAAAACUGCUGAUAUUUGCAUGGCUGCUUUCUUUAUGUUGACUCAUUUGGUAUCGUAAACGUCAAAUCGCUGCAGACCAGCUCCAGCACUGGUUCAAUAGAAGACACAUGCAGACCCCACAAGAAGCAAGAGCUGAAAGCGACUGCAGUGAAGGCCAAACAGAGAGACAAAUCAGAUAAAAAGAGACAAAAUGACAUAGAAGACAGAAAAACUUAAUACACACAAACCUAAAAGAGAAACAAAACACUUAAAAGGGACACAGAUGACCAGAAAUUGAAACAAAUGGCAAAAGGUGACACACAAUGACCUAAAACAGACAAAGAAACAACGCAAAGGACCACAAAGAGACAAAUGAACAAAAUGAGAUGCAAACCUAGCAACUAAAUGACCACUAAGAGACAAGCAACCAUAAUGAGACAUAAAUUCACAACAAAGACAAAAUAUGGUGCCCAGGGGGCCCAUUUUCUCAUUCUGCCCAUGGGUUUGGGGCCCCUGGGCAGCUGCCUGCAGCCUUGGCCAGCAGUCAGUGGAUAGUGUGGUGUUACAGAGCAGUGACAGCUGUGCUCAACAGGUGGCAGUAGUGAGCUUUGUGGCCUGAAUGGAGAAAAGAAUCACCACGAAACCACCGCAGCUCCUUCAUCCGCGGUGCAUGAUGGUUGUGGUACCGGUGCUAACUGCUGCCGUUGUUUUUCUCCCGAUUCUUCCACUAUUCUUGUAAUGGUAAAGAGGAGA